AGGACCGAAUGUCUGUUCAGCCUGGAAGCCUUUUCAUCCGAGCAGAAGAGGAGGGUCGUUCAGUGUCUGAGAGACAAUAUUGACAAGCAGCUCACCCUGAGGGACAGAAUAGGCCCCGACCAGGAGAGCAGCGACAUCAUCAUCAGACUAGCACAAACAGACACGCGCAUGUGACUGCGUGAAAGAGAGGGAGAAAGAAAAAGAGUGUAGAGAGAGAAAACAGGGCUGUUGUAAUGCAUGCUAGGAUGGUGGAGGACUACAUUACUUGUUUGUAGGGACAAUUCCUUACGAAGAUGCUGGAACCAAAAGCAGCUGAACAGGCUGAUCUGGGUCUGCUGGGCUUCAGCCCUCACAGUGUGUCUGAGCCCUGUUCCCCAUCAUGCCCCUCUGCAUCGCCCAUCAUGAGAAGAACCAACUGCAGCUCUCCAGCUCAGCGGCUCUCAUACCCAGACCUGCACUGCAGCACCGGAGACGCCAACCAAACCUCUCCGACCUCUCGAGAUGGCUGCAAACCUCCAUACCUGGACACCUCCGAGAUCUGGAAGGACAGACAGAAGGAGGUGAAAGGAGGUGGCCAAGAGUCAGAACUGGAGAAAAGGGAGCAGGGGGAGGGAGAGAGUGCUUCUGAGACCAUCAGUGUUGGCGCCAGACCUACAUCGUCAUCGUCAUCUUCCUCACCUCUAGUCAUUCCCAGGCUGUGCCUGGAUCGUUCCUUCAACACAGAUGCUUUGACCUCACCGUCAACUGACGAUGAUGAAGAGGAGGAGGAGGAAGAUGAUGAGGACGCAGAUGAAGGCUUUCUGAAAAGGAGGAGUAUGGUGGAAUCAUCUCCUAGCAGUGGGCAGCAGAGCGGGGGCUUGUGUGUGCAGAGGUCCCUCCACAGACGGACGCACAGCGAGGGUAGUUUGCUGCAGGAGCCUCGGUCUCCUCGCUUCAUCUCCGAUCAGGCCAUCGACUGCAUAGAGGCCAAGCGGGAACCUUCGGAGCGCUGGGCGGUUCCAUCCCCACAGACCCUGAGGAAAGAGCUCACCAAGAACGGAGGAUCCGUCCACCAGAUCUGCCUGCUCUUCACUGGAAGAAGGGUUUGUGGCAAGCCGAACUGUAAAUGUGACACAGGAAAAACUGGUGUCAAAAAGAAGAAAUCCAAGAAUUUGGCCAAAGACAUGAAAAACCGCCUGACUUUUCUGCGGAAGAAGACCAACGACAGACAUGGAAGCAAUCCAGCCAGCAAGCUUGAGAAAGUCCUCAAGUCAGACAAACCGACUCCAGAGGAAGCUCUCAGAUGGGCAGAGUCACUUGAUGCACUGCUUUCCCACAAAUAUGGCCCAUUGGUUUUCCGUUCCUUCCUGCAAACAGAGUUUAGUGAAGAGAAUCUGGACUUUUGGUUGGCCUGUGAGGACUUCAAGAGGAUCAAAUCACUGUCCAAAAUGGCAACCAGAGCAAAGAAGAUAUUCACGGAGUACAUCUCCAUACAGUCCUGUAAAGAGGUUAAUCUGGACUCGUACACCAGGGAGCACAUCAAAGAAAACAUGGAGAACAUCUGUGCAGACUGCUUUGACCUGGCUCAGAGCAGAAUCUUUGGACUAAUGGAAAGAGACUCAUACCCUCGAUUCCUCCGCUCUGACAUUUACCUGGAGUUAACCAACCAAAAGAGACCCAGCUCUGUUACAGAUCCGUCUUAAAGCUAUGACGACAAACCAUAGACGUUGAACUUUUUAGAUCAGUAUUGCUGGAGACAUAGUAGAACAGGACGUGUCUACAAUCACAAAAUCCACUGAUGCACAGCUUCAUAUUGAAACGUCACUCAAUUAAGUACCUUGGAGAGCUCAGCCCGAUGGAUCAUUGUGUGGACAGGUUUAAGAUGCUUCUGUGCUGCACCCUGUUGGAUGGUUGCGGCAAUAAGAUGACAAUAUCGCGUUAUGAAUAUGCUGGAAAUGUUGACUCAAAUCUAUUUGCCAGUGCCCAAAAUGCCUUGCUACCUGAUGACCCACUGGCAGUACAGAGAGGAUGCAAUGCAUGAUGGGUAUAGGAAAAAAAAGAGAAAUUUUGGUACCGUUUUGUUCAGCUUUGCCAAGAGACUUUUCACUUUUCUUUCCUGCACAGACCUCAGCAUACUCCACUUUUACAAAGAUCCUAGUGAGAUGACAUUGGAUGGAACUAAGUAUUAGUUAACAUUAAUGUCCUUUUUUAUCUGAGUCGCAGCUGACAGCAUGUUUAUAUUCUCUCAAUACUAAUGACAGAACACUAAUUCUUAUUACUUUCAAGGGCUUUGGUAACAUUUCCUCAUCUGUUCUUCAUGUAGUGGUCCCAUGGCUCCUAACCCCUUAAGUGCAAUAUACAAUUAGUUAUUCUUAUUAAUAUUUCUUUAACAAAACAGUAUAUUAAAGGGGUCAGAAGUGUAUAUAUAUAUAUACACACACAAUUGUACAAAUGCUCUCCCAAAAUGCAUCACACAGGCUUAUUAAGCGAACGAAAAUGUGAUUUUCUGAUGUAAAUAACAGAGGCCGAGAUAUAUGGAUUAACAGUUAUAGUGAUGUUAAAACUAAAGGUAUUCUGUUUGUUGUCGUUGCUGUUAGUCGGUUGAUCACACAUCAGAAACCAGAAUAACAUAACAAGAAGAUGCCAGAGUUUCUGUUUAAUAGUGGCUUAACAUAGAGAAGCAUGUGUUGUACAUAGACGUAUGUGUUCUGUGUUGAUUUACACGUUUAUUUACCAGAUAGACUCAUGUUUGGCAAAUACAGUGUCAGUUUCCUCCUGCCUUCAUCCUAACAUUCUCCUUCCUUCUGUAAUAAUAUAUUUUGUAUUUAUUUGUGUGGACAUAUUUCACUCACCGCUGCCUUCAUAUUGUAACAUACUCUCAUCAAAUAAAAUGACAUUCAAGCAUGA